AUGGACAAUAGCGGGCAGCCGCCGCAGCACCCGGCCCCGACGGCCGCCAAGGGCCUGAGCGCGCCUCCGCCGCCGCGGGGCAGCAUGCUGAGCGCCGCCAAGCCGCUGGCCUUCUCCAUCGAGCGCAUCAUGGCCCGGACGGGCCCCGCCGAGCCCAAAGGCCUGCCGCUGCUGCCCCCGCUCCUGCCGGGCGGCGGCGGCGGCGCCAAGGGCGAGGCGGCCAAGCAGCCCCCGCCGCUGGGCCUGGGGCCCUCCCUGCCCUGCAUGAUCCCCUUCGUGCCGCUGGCCUACGAGCCGCUGGCCAAGGCCGGCGCCGAGGGCCGCAAGCCGCCCCUGGAGCCGCCCGCCGCGGCGGCCUCGCUCGGCCCGCUGCAGCAGCACUACAAGCUGGUCCGGCCGCGCGUGGUCAACCACUCGUCCUUCCAGGCGCUGGGCGCGCUGGGCUACUUCGGCCGCGCCGCCGAGCCCCCGCCGCCGCCGCCGGCCGGCCUCAGCCUCCACCCGGUGGCCUCCUACUUCCUGGGCGCGCCGCUCGCCGGCCCGGCCGGCCCCCUGCCCGCCCCGGCGGCGCCCAAGGCCUACCUGGCCGAGAGGAACAAGCUGCAGGCGCUGCCCGGCCCGGACAAGUUCCCGCCGCCCGCCUUCAAGGACCUGGCCGCCGCCCAGCUCCACAGCGCCGCCGCCGCAGCCGCCGCCGCCGCCGCCGCGCACCUGCUGGCCGCCGACAAGCUGCCCUUCAAGGGCGUCGCCGCCGCGGACUUCAGCCGCGCCUCGCCCGGCGCCAAGCCCAAGGUCUUCACCUGCGAGGUCUGCGGCAAGGUCUUCAACGCGCACUACAACCUGACGCGCCACAUGCCGGUGCACACGGGCGCGCGGCCCUUCGUCUGCAAGGUCUGCGGCAAGGGCUUCCGCCAGGCCAGCACGCUCUGCAGGCACAAGAUCAUCCACACCCAGGAGAAGCCCCACAAGUGCAGCCAGUGCGGGAAAGCCUUCAACCGGAGCUCCACGCUCAACACGCACACGCGGAUCCACGCCGGCUACAAGCCCUUCGUCUGCGAGUUCUGCGGAAAGGGCUUCCACCAAAAAGGCAACUACAAGAACCACAAGCUGACGCACAGCGGCGAGAAGCAGUUCAAGUGCAAUAUCUGCAACAAGGCCUUCCACCAGGUGUACAACCUGACCUUCCACAUGCACACCCACAACGACAAGAAGCCCUUCACCUGCCCCACCUGCGGCAAAGGCUUCUGCAGGAACUUUGACCUCAAGAAGCACGUCCGCAAGCUGCACGACCCCGCCGCCGGCGCCCCCGCGCUGGGCCUGCCGCGGACCCCCGGCGAGCCCGAACCGCCGCCGCAGCCGCAGCCGCCGCCAUUGCUCCACUGCCCCUGA